UCUCUCUCUUUCUCUCCUCUUUCCGGCGAUUCUUUACAUCCUUAAACCCUUAUGGCGAUGUUGGUGGCGAUGAGAGCAUCGGCGGCGGCGGCGACGGCGGAGAUGGGAGUAGGACACCGUGGAAUAAGAAGGUUAUUCUCUACUUUAGGUUCAUCAUCUUUUCCGGCCGAUCAAUCGACCAAACCUCCUCCGGCGGAGCCAUCUACCAAUCUCUUCGUCUCCGGGCUUAACAAACGGACUACUUCAGAAGGACUAAAGGAAGCUUUUGGUAAAUUUGGUGAAGUGGUCUAUGGCCGUGUAGUGACUGAUCGAGUAUCGGGUUUCUCCAAAGGGUUUGGUUUUAUUCAAUACGCUACUCUUGAGGAAUCUGCUGCAGGGAUACAGGGCAUGGAUGGAAAGUUCUUGGAUGGAUGGGUUAUCUUUGCUGAAUACGCUAGACCAAGGGCUCCGCUUCCUUCGGUUGGGAAUAACAAUGGUGGAUAUUCAUACAGGACACCAAAUGGGGGGCAGCAGCAGUAAGACUUGAUUUUGCGGAUAAUGCCUGGUAAUUGUUGGCACGUUGGUUGAUUUUUGAUUCGAUGAUGAACUGGUUUUGAUAUUCGAUAGGUUGGGGUUAUAUAGAAUGAUGUUUGGAGUUAUUGAUGACAUGAAUUUAUCAAUUAUUGUUGUAUCUUGUUAAUCAUCUAUAAUAUAUGCAUU